AUGGCUGAAAACCGCGCGCCGAAUGUGGCCCAAAUCGAUCGAGACCUGUUCUACAAGCUGGCAUCUGAUCUUUCUGAAGAGAGGCUCCAAGCGACCAUGGCGCUUGUCACAGAACUAUCGCAGCUGCCACAGGAGUCUCCAGAGUGGAAUUACGUGCUAAACCGGCUCAUGAAAGGUCUUUCAUCCAACCGGAACGGCGCUAGACUCGGCUUCGGGCUGUGUUUGACGGAAGUGGUGUUCUUGGCUUUGCAGAAGCAGGUUUUGACCGAUAUCGACCACUAUCUACGUCUGCUGCUUUCCACACUAUCGAAAGAUUUCAUGAAAAAUGGGAAGGAGGAGCGUGGGCUGCUAUUUGGCAAGCUGUUCGGGCUUCAGGUUCUGCUCAAUGAGCCGCUCUUCUCCCACGUAUUCAAAAGCGCUGGUCCCGCCGGCGGCGAGUUGAACCUUGACUUCACCCUGGAGUACGCUGGGGCCUUAAUCGAUGUCGCCGUGUCCAAGACAUGGAUCAGAGAAUCUUCCUUGUACACCCUCUACCAAGCUGUUGAAAAAUUGGCGCCUUUGUUAACCUCUUCAAAAUCUCUCAACGCAGUCUUCGAGCUUUUGGACUCCAAAAGCCUUACUUUAACCAGCGAAGGUCUAGCGAUUUACCUCUUUUUGUUGCACCGUUGCCAUGCGACCUGCAAAACUGCUCGCUUGGAUCAGCUCGUGUUGAGGUCCCCAUGGAAAAACAACGACCCUCUAAAAAGAGGAAACCUGCCACUGAUCGCAAAUGCACUCAAAGAGGCAAAUGUAUCAGAAGACUCUUCCUUGAAACAGAAGGGCGUUUGGGCUCCGAGACUACAUUUUGUGUGGGAGGUUGUACUCUCAUGCCUUUUCGAUGACGGCAACAGCGGUUUAGAGCCUAAAGAGCCCUCGAGUAAAAAAAGAAGAAAGGACGGGGAUUUGAAACGAGAAAACAUCGGGUUCCCAGAAUUUUGGAAAUCUGUUGUUGACGACUCUUUUUUCAACGAGAAAUCUUCUAGCGAAAGGAAAUAUUUGGGUCUCUUAGUUUUCGAAAGAGCAUUCCAGCUGUCCCCUACCCAGACUACCUCAAGCAUUUUCUCAACAAAUCUUCUGAGGUGUAUUAUUAAUCAAAGCAGUAGUGCUGAAAGGAAUCUACACAGAAUUUCACAGAAAACACUGGCUUCUAUCGUUGAAGUUUGUCGAGAGCAGCCAGAAAAGACCGCAAUAACCUUCGAAGCGCUCGCAUUUGGCGAAAACGGCUCAGUGAACUUUGACCAGCUUACUAAAUCUAAGACAAUCACGACGCUUCUUUCCAAUAAAUCCCUUCGUCCCGAACAUUUGAUUACGAUUGUAGAGAUUUUAGCAAGAAAUUUGUUGGGCAAUGUCGGCGAUCUCGCAAAAACUAAAUAUUCACUGGAUACAAUGCUUCAUUUGGUGAGAGCACACAAGUCAAAUGCAGACAAGAUCUGGAUCAAACCGUGUUUCAGCGUACUUACUCAGCUCGGAUUCUUCCAAACUCAAGAGCUUCCAGAGCUAAACGAUGGUGAACAGCAAAAGCAAGUUGUAGGACCAGUGGCAAUAGAGAGACUAUAUUCAGUAUUGGCAGACUUGAUAUCCGUCGAGCAAGAGACCUCCGCAGUUUGCUGGCCAUACGUGGCGCUCAAGAAGAUUCUUUCUAAGCAAAAAACUCAAACUCUUUUGAACCCAAUAGAUGAGGAACUAAAUGAAAUUUUCACCGAUUCGUUGGCGGAACUUGAAAAGAUUUCCAAAAGGCUGUCAAAAGACAAAUCAAAUGCACAACUGCGCGCCCUCCAAUUACUUUUUUCAAUUAACAUCCUGCAAGCAUUUUCUGGCGAGGCUGAUUCCGUUUCUGUGCUAGAAGACCUUAUCGCUUUCUCAAAAACACUCUACGACGAUGGCGAAAACGAAUCUUAUGCCGGAUUUAUCGAAAUUUUGCUUUCCUUGGCGGCUCAGAAAAAAGCUUUACUAAGGAAGUCGAGCAUGAUAAUCUGGGAGUCGUUUGUUAGCCAAGUUUCAACGGAGGAUCUUUCCGUCUUACUAGACGUGCUUUCGGCAAGGGAAAACAAAGAGGGCUUCGCCAACCUUUUCGAGGGUGUGAGCGAAGAUGAGAACGAAACUGGUGAUGAAGAUCUAGAAGAAGGCGAGGAAGAAGAAGAAGAGGAUGAUGUGCAGGAUGAAGAGUCAAUGAGUGAGGAUGCUUCAGAUGUUGAAGAAAAGAGCGAUUCCGACAGGUCAGACUAUUCUGACAAUGGUACAGAAAGAAUCGAUAAAGAAGCUGCCAGUGCUCUUGCGAAGGCCCUAAAUUUACCAGAUUCAAUGGUAGACGCUAAAGGCGAGGUACAUUUCGACGACCUAGGAGACACUGAGAACGAAGAUGAGGACGAAAGUGCAGAAGACCUAGACGACGAAAAAAUGAUGGAAUUAGAUGGUCAACUCUCUGAAAUUUUCAAACGCAGAAAAGAGGCGCUGUCACAAAUCCCAACUGGUAGCAAACGGAAGCAAGAAGUAAAAGAAUCUAGAAAGGAUGUUAUAGCAUUCAAGCACAAAGUUGUUGACAUGCUCGAGAUAUUGAUACGCUGGGUUGAAGGGGAAUUGAAACAAGAUUCCAGCUCCCAGCCAAAUGUGCUUGAAAAGAUUACUCACGUCAUUGUACCACUCAUUAGCUGCGUCAGAACCACCAUGGACAGACCUCUAGCUGAAAAAAUAUCGAAGCUUGUCAAAAACAGGGUCACCAAGCUCAAGCUUCUAUCAUCACAGUCGUACGAGGGCUAUGAUCAGGAAGAUACGAUAGCGUUGCUAAAAAAAGUGCAUGAGCUCAUGCUUGUCAAAAAGCCAGGUCAAUUUCAAAACUUGUACUUUUCCGUAUGUUCAUCGGUCUCUAUUUUCUUAGCCAAGCUACUAAUCGAGAUAUCUCCAUCCAUGGUGACGUAUACUGCUUUGUUAGAAAUUUACAACAAGACGUUAAACGAGUGGUUCAAAACAGGAAAAUUUGGGGUCAGCGUGUUUAUAGAAUUCCUCAAUUGGUUAUCAAUCAAGAAACAGCAGCAGAUUCCAAACUAA